AAUCCAUUUAAAAUUUGUGACGUAUUUGUGUGUCACAAAGCAGUUUUUCAUACAUGGCUGCUCCUCCUACUUCAUUCACAGUGAGCAGGAAUCAGGACAAGCAGGAAACCUGAUCCACAAACUAGCAGAGUCCCCUCCCUGUUCUUCCUUCACACGCCUGCAAGUGCAACACUAUCACCAAAACACAACCCGAAGAGUUUGCAGCUUGUUCGACAAAAUGAUUCUCGGCUCAGGUGAAUUUUGUUUCUGUCUCUGGCAAGCAUAAACGUCUGGCUUGGAUUUGCCUUUUUUGGGAGGGGCUAAAAUGAGGACUCAGCUCGUUGGGGUGUGUUUGGCAAUCAUCGGCUUCCUUGGCACCAUCCUUAUCUGCGGACUGCCCAUGUGGAAAGUGACGGCCUUUGUUGGGGCAAACAUCAUCACAGCUCAGGUCUUCUGGGAAGGUUUAUGGAUGAACUGUGUGAUCCAGAGCACUGGUCACUCACAGUGUAAGGCCUAUGACUCAGUUCUGGCCUUACCGCGAGAUCUUCAGGCCUCCAGGGCUCUGAUCUGUGUCUCCAUUGCUGUCAGUGUGGUGGCCAUCGGGCUGACUGUGGUGGGGGCUCACUGCACCAACUUCUACCGUGACGACUGGCUGACCAAAACUAAUGUUGGCCUGGCCGGUGGCGUGGUGUUUAUAUUGGCAGGGCUCUCGUGUAUUAUACCUGUCAGCUGGUCAGCGUACAGCAUCAUCACAGGUUUCUACAACCCGCUGACCACCGAGGGGAGGAGGGGAGAACUCGGAGCUUCCAUAUAUGUGGGCUGGGCAUCUGGAGCUCUGCUCGUGAUUGGAGGAGGGGUUUUGUGUAGCACUUACAGAUUCAGGAUGAGGAGAAGAGAGCGAAGAAGAGCAGACACAGUACCAUCCAUUAGUUACAUGUUUUAGUUGUAAAUAUACAGAAAUCUGUUUACUGUGAUGGACUUUUUCUGUUUCUUUGUUUGAAGCUCAUUUUUUAGCUUCGUCAAUUGCACUAUAUUGGCAUCUAACAACAAAUCAGUUUCAAAUCUGUGUAAAAUAUUAAAUGUGUAGCACAGUGAAGUGUAGACUACAGUAACCUGCAUCACGUCAUGCACUGUUUAUGAUUCUUUUUAAACAGAAGAAUUAGAAAAUGAAGGUCUUUAAGCUAAUAGUUGUAUAAUGUGAUAUUGCAGAAUGUUAAGUGAAAAAAAUCUGUUUGAGUUCAUGUGUUUUAGUAUGUAGAGUACAAAGUGUGAAUUAACACCUUUAAACACCAUCGAUGUCAUUUUCAGUCAGUGUUUUGUUUUUUUUUGUUUUUUUUUUUUACUGCCAGUGCAAUUAGAAAAUGUGUCUGUACUCUUUUAGACCUUUUUCUUUUAGGAAUGUCAAAGGAAACUUUUAGGAACCUGAAGCAGAACAAAGCAAAGAAGUCAGUGAAAUAAAACAUUAUUAUUCCUCUCAGUCACACACAAGCUGUGAAAGAAAUUGAAUUGCGCUUGAAACAACUAAAAUGUGUCAGUUCACUGGUAGACUUUUUCCAUCUUGGUCUCAGUAAUGAGCAAUUGAACUGUAUGUUUGCAUAUAAGCUGCCAUAUUAACUGAAUGUAUCAUUUUAUCCUCACAAGCCAAUAAAUCCUCUUUGUUUUUUGUA